AUGCCCUGGUCAGCGUCACAACAAAAAAGGCUUGGAUUGGAGAAAGAGUUGCUGGAUAAGUAUUUCCCGAACAGGGUAAAAUGGAUUGAUCCGGGAAGCGGAACCAAAGUUGAAGUCCAAGUUACUUGCUCCAACGACAGACAGUACACCCUGCGAGUCUACAUACCAGAAGAUUUCCCCAAUUCUUGUCCCAAAAUGGUCGUGAAAUCGGCGAUGCUACGAGCCUAUAACGGAGUGUAUUUACACCAAUACCCAGGCGAUAACCACACAGGCUACAACACAGAUGGCUACUCUGGGAUUUGUCAUUUCAGGCCAAAUUUGUGGCGAGCUAACAACACUUUGUAUCAAGUGUUCAUGAAGGGUUUGAUAUGGCUAGAAGCGUACCAAUCUCAUCUUCGCACUGGGCAACCAUUGAGCAAAUACCUAAGCGAGAUGAAUGGGUAG